GGCAGCAGUAGGAGGAGAACGUAACGGUUUAUAGACUAACACCUCCUACACUUUGACAGAACCUCAGAGCAGAUGCUGAGAGGGUUUAACCUCCACCACAAUGAUUCUCUAUCGGACACUGCUGAUCACAGUUUCCAUCCUGUUUGAAAACGCGAAAGGCUUGAAUUCUCCUUCAGAUACUGUCGCCGUGCCAGACGUUGCUGAACUUCAGGCUUUGGACAUGUGGAGGCUGGGGGUGAAGUGGAGGAUGGAUCAGAACGGAGGACAGAGAAAUCAAACAUUUGAAAUACAAGUUGGACGCGCGACAAACGUGGAUAUUGUCGAGAGCAUGAACGUGAGCAGAGGAUCGCCGGGAGCGGUUCACACGCUGGUCUGGACCUCGCAGCUCCCGCUGAACUGUGUCAAUCACUCUGUUAGAAUAAGACUCAUCUCCGGCGCUUCAGCACCCGGCUCUUGGAGCUCAUGGAAAACCUUCUACGGGGAGAUGAACUUGGCCCACAAUGAAAUAAAGAUGUUUCCACAUGACCAGGUGCUUCGUGAGGGAUCCACGGUGAUGUUCUGCUGCAUUUAUCCCAAAGAGACGCACAUCACAUCUAUGGUCUUCGGGAACGCUCACUACAAAGCCAUCAACAUAAGCCCACGGGUCAAAGCCAUUCGAGUGGAAAACAUAAAAGCCACAAAUUCAUUCGGUGUCAACUUCUACUGCGAUAGCAAGAGUAAUGUAACAUAUAAUUUGGUCUCUUUUCCUCCUGAGAAACCAUUAAAUUUUACAUGUGAGACCGAAGACAUGAGACAUGCAUACUGCUUGUGGAAAAUACACAGAGCUCCUAACCUAGAAGGCGACCAGAGAAGGAAGUACACAUUACUAGUCAGUGACUCCGUGUCUGUUGACUGUGAUGUUGAAGACACGGAUCCUGCACCCUGUGGUUUUGAUGUCAUCCAACAGCAGAUGACCUACAACAUCACAUUACUUGUGACAAACAGUUUGGGGCAAGAGAGCGAGACCUACAUAUUCAAUAUCACAGACAGAGUUUUUCCAGUCCCUGAGCACCUUGAAGUGAAUGUAGGUGUUUUUGAUUCACUGGUGAUCUUGCAGCUGAAAGGGAGUUUCCAAGGACUUCUGCUGAAAUGCCAGACUGAACUUAAACCAGGAGGGAUAAUACAGGAUUUAGAUAAGAAUGGAUCUGACUCGAUGCAGUCUUACGCAUUCAGACUGCAGCCCCUAAAGCCCAGCACGCUGUACUCCGUUAAGGGGCGCUGUGCAGUACAGGGGAACAACUGGGGCCGAUGGACAACAGAAAGACAGUUUUGCACAGAGCCUCUAGUGACCAUAGAUCUGUGGAGACAAAUCAGGGACCAUCCCAAUCACACCGUCACACUGCUGUGGAAAACAGUCAGCAGUGACUCAGAAUUAUAUAUUGAAGUCUACGAGGUGUGUGUGAGCUACAGAAACACAGAGAUGAGUGUGUGCACGAACGUCACACAGACACAGGUGAAGCUAACCAAAGAGAUCAAUAUUAGUGACAUCACUGUGAGGGCCGUCGUUCAGUCUGGCUUAUCUGAACCAGCUCGCAUCACUAUUCCUGCAGCAGAAAGCAUGCUGCAGGAGAUGAGGAUUAUGGGUAAUGAAGAGGGAUUCCAGUUGACCUGGACGAGGGACUCGGCGGCCACAUGUGGUUACACCGUAGACUGGUGCAUGCUGGGUAUUGCCCUCCCUUGCAACUUACAGUGGAGAAAAGUCCCAGCUAAUCAGACCUACUUGAACCUGAAUGCAGAGGAUUUCAAAGCAGGAGUUCAAUACGCAUUUGAAAUCUACGGUUGUAGCGCUGAGGGACACAGACGUCAUGAGAAACAGAUCGGAUACUUAAAAGAACAGAAGCCCUCACAACGCCCUACACUAGACUCUAACCCGGACAUAACAUGGUCAUCUGUAAAGCUGAAAUGGAGUUUCAAUGAGAAGGAUCCGAGUCAUGCUGGAUUCAUCACAGGAUACGUGCUUACGAUACAAGACUAUUCGGAGGCCGGCUCUGACCUCAAGUCAGUGGAUGAUAUUCACAACAAGUCUUGGACGGUCGGUGGUCUCGAGGAGGACCGGCCGUACACGUUUCAGCUGGCAGCAUGUACAUCUGCAGGCUGUGGACCGAAGACCAGCGCCACCUUCAGAACCAGACAGAACUAUUACCUGCUGACGGUGAAGGUUCUGGUUCCUCUCCUGGUGUUGGUCUGUUGUUGUGUUUGUCUGUGGUCGUACAGGAACCUGACAAGAGGAUUUCCAAAAGAGUCGUUCGGCUUUCUGCAUAUAAAAGCACUGGACCUGGAUGAGAAUCUUUAUGAAGCGAGUGAAAAGAUCCGUACUCUGAUGAUAGAGGACUGCGAAUGGUGUGACGUGGAGAUUUUAGACGUGCAACCCAUGCCGACAGCGAACACACGGUUGACAUCUACAGAGGACCCGAGUCGUUCGUUUCUCACUCCUAAAGUCACGAAGCCAUCCUGCCAUCUUACCACAGACCUCACAAACUUCACUUACGUUUCCUCCGUGCAGCCAGAUCUACCUUCAGAUGAGCAGCAGACAGAAGCCACAAAUCAGGAGUCAGAAAUCUCGGGCUUUUCGAGCGACUACGUCACUUCCGUAGCCACAUAAUUCCUGAAAAUGCAGUGCUGCGAUCUUUUAUACGCACCAAAGAAAGCAAGCCAGAGCUGAUGAUCUUAUCAGAGAUGAUCCGCAAGAUCACGACUUCCUGAUGUCACCGGCGUGGUUGUAAGGGGCCCCGCUUCCUUCUGCAAAAUAGCUUUAAAAAGUGUUGUGAAAUGCAACUGCAGUAUUUGAUACUUGAGAUUUUGCAAUAUCUGUCAGGUACUUUAUCUUGGUUUCGCAUGUUAUGCUAGACCUUUCUGGGUAAAAACGUACGAAGUGUUCUCUCUCUCGAGGGAGAAACACGCUUGCAUUACAUUCUGAAUUUCUUAAGCUUCAUCGGUAACCCUUUGAUGCAUGCAUCACAAAUUAAAAGCAAACAGUUUUACAGUUAAGAAAUUGAAAUAUUAAAAAUGUACAUCAUCGGUUUCCAACUGGAAUGAUUUUUAAAAAUGUUUUUUAAAUGUGCACAAAUGCUGCAUAUUUUUAAGUCAGUAUAUAUAAUAUUUUACGAUAUGGUUUUGUUCAAAACUGACUCAAAAUGUUGUUCAAAAUUGUACUCUUAUGCCAUCAAGGCUGCAUUUAUUUGAACAAAAAUACAGUAAAAUAGUGAGAUCAUUUCAUACAGCCGUUUUCUAUUUGAAUGCAUUUUAGAAUAUAUUUUAUUGCAGAAUUUUUAGUGUCACGUGAUCCUUCAGAAAUCACUCUAAUAUGCUGAUUUGCAGCUCCAGAUAUAUUUCCUAUGCUGCUUCAUAUUUUUGUGGAAUCAGUCAUUUUUGAGGAAAAGCACUUUUGUAACAUAAAAUGUCUUUACUUUCACUUCCGAUCAAUGUAAUGCAUUUUUGCUUACUAAAAGUAUUAAUAAAAUGCAAAUAAAUGCUA